CACCAGUCUCAAGUCGAGUACAUUUUGACAAAGCACUAAAACCUCGUCUAGAACCCUCUCAUAGUCAGUAUUUAGGAGACACCACUGUAAAACUACAUUAGCUUUCAGAGUUCAGCAUUAUGUCAGUUAGCUUCAGAACGCCUUUCCUGGAUCAGAUGAACCAGCAGGGUCUGAUUGAUCUUUGUCUCAUACUGAUAUUGACCUCUUUUUCAGAAGGUGAAGCUUGGAAUGUUAUAGUCAGUCAACCCACCAGUGUAAAACCGUACUCCAACGUGACCAUACAGUGUUCAUUUACCUAUCCGGAAAAAUAUCACACUGAAAAUGUGGAAGUUUAUUGGAAAAAGCGUUUCCAAAAUAGCUAUGAUAACAAACAAGAUGAAUCAAAGUCAUUAAAUCCAUUUAUCUUUCACACAAAUUCCACAUUUGUGCUUGAGAAGUACAGAGGAAGGACCAUGCUCAUCGGAAAUAAAACUCAGGGAAGCUGCUCCCUCCUGAUCCUGAACAUCACGGAUAAUGAGACAGAUAUCUAUAUGAGAGUUAAAGGAAAAAAUGAACCAUUCAGUUUCUACAAUAAAUCUAUCAACAUUAGUGUGUCUGAUUUCCAAGAGCCAGUCUUUACUGAUGAAGGGGACAUUGACCAGGUGACUCAAGGAAUAUAUAUGGCCAUCUUUGUCCCACUUUCUGCACUUCUAAUCAUCAUCAUUAUUCUUAUCCCUGUGAUUGUCUGUUACAUAAGCCAUAAAAGGUCACACUCCUUCACCAGGGAGGAAUCUGGAUAUUAUGCAAAUUUUAGCAGAGCAUCAUCAAACCAAGCCCAAAGAGAGUCAUCUUGCAAAUAUGAAGAAAAGAUUAAACUUCCUGAGCUGAAGGCCACUGAUGAACCCGUCUAUGUCAACACUGAGGCCGUUACAGGUCAGAUGGAUCAAAGUAUGGAUCACACAGACAACAUAUAUGCAAAUGUGGAUUAUUCAAAAUAGUACAAAUUGGCAUCUCACUAAUCUGUGUGGACUUAAACAUGGCUGUGAAUGCAGUCUUUGAAUUCUGCAUUGUUUCAUGCACAUGUUUGUGUCUCUGUGUGGAAGUGUGUGAUGGUGGGUAGGAUGGAAAACAAUGUGAGUAUCUUAUCACAAGGAAGAGGAAGAGUAUAUCAUAAAAACUACAUGACACUGCAGAACAGAGAACAGAAAUUGUGAGAGGGAAUGGUUUCGUAAAACAUGAACAUGCUUGUUGUGUAAUAUUUUUUAAAAAUAUCGCCUGUUAUCAGUUAUGAUAACAUUUUUCUUACCAGCACUGUAGAGAAUGAGGACAGAAUCAGGUACAAAGCCAAGGCCCUGCAGGUACAGAUCCAAGGACUCUGGACCAGAACCUAAACAUGAAGUGACUGCAAACAUUGCUUGCUGGACAGUCUAUCAAACAGCAGCAAAGAAAUUCAACACCACCACAGAGAAGCACAGUAGAGCAAAGACAGUGUGGCUGCAUCAGUUGUAGUCGUUUCAUGUCUCUUUGAGCUUGGGUGUCUUGCUUCUGUGUAGUAGGGAUCAGGGAUGUUUACAUCUGCAUCCAUUACUAUUGUGUCCAGGAGGCACAUUUUCAUAUAAUCUGUCCAUGGCUGCAGGCUAAUUAGAGUUACAAAUAGCAGCUAUAUAUUUAUAUAAUUUUAUAUUACAAUAUUUAAAGUUUUUUUGGCUUUCAUUUUAUACACUGAAUAAACAGUUAAGCUUAUAAUAACGUACAGUCUAUUAUUGCCAAGAAAUGGUUAAAGUUAAAAUAUUUGUUACUCCCUCUUAACAAAAUUUUGUGUUUUAACUUUCCUUGCUGAGCUGCAGUGGAGGGAGAAAUUCACAAAGGAGUUUCGCAAUUAAAAAUGCCCAACUCAGAUUCCUGAAGUCUUGUGUGAGUCUUUGCAUUAAUGUUAGAGGUGAGUGUUUGUCCCCUCACACAUAUGCAAUUAGUAUUUAAUUUUUUCAAUUAACUGUAGCUAUGAAUUUUCCCUAAGUCAUGUGUUUCAGUUAGCCAACCCCAACAAUACCAUAACCAUAGUAUAUUUUAUCUUUAUGUUAAUUUUUUCCAUAGCUGUACUGUGAGAACUUAGUUUGGCGCUGGAUAUUUAAAUAAUAAUAAUAAUAAUAUGGGGUUGUGCAGAAUUGUCCAGUAUCAAUGCUCUUCACUCGACUAACCUGCUCUGCAGUCCUCAUAAAACUCAGUCGAGAAGUACCCCCAUGUAGCUGGAGAGCAUAAUGACAUUAUAAUCAGUAGGGAUAGCAAACAUAUUAAUAUGUAACACAACUUCUAAAAGAUAGAAUUUUCAUUUAAGACUGUCUUAAGACUUUACAUGAUAUGGGGUCCUUUGUUUUGUUUUUCAUGGGUGUUUUUUAUUGUUUGUAUGUUGCAGUAUUAUGAGCACUGAAGCACAAACCAUAUCAAGCAUCAUUUUUGCAAGCAAUUUGUUACAUCUUGUGACUUAUUUUUUUUUUCUGUGGAAAAAAUGUGUUCAUGUAAUUUUGUAUGGCUGUGUAACUUCCCCUGACCUUUUGGAUUUGGUAAAUUAAUACACUGUGUUUUUUCCUAGUCUUUCUCAAUACGUUGCUGAUUGUGUUAUCUGCACUGGGGCUGAAACUUCUGUUUUCUCUUCACAUUCAGUCCUCUACCCAGACUUUGAAUUACUAAUGUGAUGUUUAAUUUAAGGACAAUCAAAAAUAAAGGGUUGAAAGUGGAUGUUGUUGCUUGUUCUGUGAUCUACAGAUCUACUGUGUCCAGUUCUUUUCACACUGUCAAAUGUGUAAAUGCUUGUGGUAAAUAAAGUUUGUAAAGCUG